AUGUCCCAGCAAUCCGCUACUCCGGCUUCAGCCACGCAAGAGAAAACCUUCAGUUCCUACAAUAAGGAGCAGGGAAAAACAUAUGCCCAAUUCCGCCCUGACUACUCCCCUGGGGUGUAUCAUGUCGUUCUAGACCAGCAUAAAGCGUCCAGCGGCGAACUGGAUACUCUCAUCGAUCUCGGCUGCGGACCGGGCAAUGUCGCCCGCGCACUCGGUGUACACUUCGCCCACGCCAUCGGCCUUGACCCCUCAGAGGGCAUGAUCGCCACUGCCCGCUCUCUAGGCGGUACAACGUCGACCUCCGAGCCCAUCCGCUACGAGGUAUCAACAGCCGAAGACAUCGGGGCAAACGCCUCCCCGCCAAUCCCGGAUAAUAGCGUAGAUCUGAUCACCGCCGCCAAUUCAGCGCACUGGUUCGACAUGUCCCGCUUCUGGCCAAGUGCCGCUCGCGUCCUCAAGCCCGGCGGCAGCGUUGCUAUCUGGACGAGCGGCGGGAGCCGCAUUCACCCUUCCGUGCCAAAUGCCGCAGCUAUGCAAGCCGAAAUCGAUCAGAUUGAGGAGGACCAUCUGAGGCCCUACUUCGAGCCUGGCAAUUUCCUUACUCGUGGUCACUAUACUGACCUACCCCUGCCGUGGACUUUGGACCCAUCAGUCGCGGGAUUCGAGAAGAGUGACUUUUUCAGGAAGGACUGGAACCUUGAUGAGAGGUUUUACGUUACGGAGCCAGAUGUGCCGCUGGAUAUGUUUGAGAAGAUGAUUGGGACGACGAGUCCUGUGACGAGAUGGCGCGAGGCGAAUCCGGAUGCUGUUGGUACGGAGAAAGAUGUAGUCAGGUUGUUCCGCCGUGCAAUUGAACGGCAUCUGCAUGCUGCUGGUGUAGAGAAGGGCAAGGAGAUGAUUAGGGGUGCCAGCUGUGGUGUUGUUCUUGUUGUUAAGAAGAAUUAG